GAUCGACUUGGACAUUCGUUAAUAUACUGUUUUAUUAUGUAGUUCUGUAGUCCUCGUAAACCAGUAUCUGUUAAUCUAAUCGAAAAUAAACCGAUAAUAGCACGACCGUUUUUUUUAAAAGGCGUCCGACAAAAUGGCCGAUCUAAAGAGAACCCUCAAACUUAACAAUGGGAAAGAAAUACCUAUAAUAGGACUGGGAACUUGGCAGAGUCCAAAAGACGAGGUGAAGACCGCCGUGCGGGCGGCUUUGGAUGCCGGGUACAGACAUAUUGACACGGCCUAUAAUUACAUGAAUGAAGAUGCAAUAGGAGAGGUUCUUCAGGAGUAUAUUAAGAGUGGAAAAGUGAAAAGAGAGGAAUUGUUUAUCGUUACUAAGCUUCCAAUGAUACACAUGGACCCCAAACUGGUGAAGAGAUCUCUGGAAUUGAGUCUGAAGAAUUUGCAGUUAUCUUAUGUGGAUCUGUACCUUGUUCACUUCCCCAUACAACUAGCGUAUGAAGGGGACGACACCAAAUGUUUUCCCAGAAACGAGGCUGGAAGCUUGAAGGCAGCGGACAAAUCGGAUCUUAUUGGAACUUGGAAGGCCAUGGAGGAACUGGUAGACAUCGGAUUGACUAAAUCUAUUGGAGUGUCUAACUUCAGUAUCUCACAAGUUGAAAGAAUCUGCAAGGUGGCGAAACACAAACCUGUAACAAACCAAGUAGAAUGUCAUAUAUAUUUUCCACAGGAAGAAUUAUUUGAGGCUUGUAAGAAGCAUGGAAUUAUAAUAACAGCAUAUUCGCCUUUCGGUUCUCCAGGCAGGCCCGCCACUCUUAUAAAAGCAGAUGAACCUGUUGUCUUAGAAGAUCCUGUUAUCAUAAAAAUAGCCAACAAAUAUGGUAAAACGCCAGCGCAGAGUCCAAAAGACGAGGUUAAGGUGGCUGUGCGGGCAGCUUUGGAUGCGGGGUACAGACACGUUGACACGGCCUACAUUUACAUGAAUGAGGAUGCAAUAGGAGAUGUGUUACAGGAGUAUAUCGAGAAUGGAAAAGUGAAAAGAGAGGAACUGUUUAUCGUUACUAAGCUUCCAAUGAUACACAUGGACCCCAAACUUGUGAAGAGAUCCAUUGAGUUGAGUCUGAAGAACUUGCAAUUAUCUUAUGUAGAUCUGUACCUCGUUCACUUCCCCGUCCAAUUAGCGUAUGAAGGGGAUGACACCAACGUUUACCCCACAAACGAGGUGGGCGCCUGGAAGAAAGCAGAUAAGUGGGAUCUGUUAGGAACAUGGAAGGCAAUGGAAGAACUUGUUGACCAAGGGCUUGCAAAGUCUAUUGGAGUGUCUAACUUCAGUAUCUCACAAGUGGAAAGAAUCUGCAAGAUGGCUAAGCAUAAACCUGUUAUAAACCAAGUGGAGUGCCAUAUAUAUCUUCCACAGACAGACUUGUUUGAGGCUUGUAAGAAACUUGGUUUAACAAUUACUGCAUAUUCUCCUUUCGGUUCUCCGGGAAGAUUUGACUUUUGUAAACAAGCGGGUGAUCCGAUUGUCUUAGAAGAUCCUGUCAUCCUGAAAAUUGCAAGGAAUCAUGGGAAAUCUCCUGCACAGAUUCUUAUUCGAAAUUUUAUCCAAAGAGGAAUCAUUGUUAUUCCAAAGAGUGUUACUCCGGAGAGAAUUCAAAGCAAUUUCCAGGUUUUUGAUUUUUCUCUAUCAAAAAAAGACAUGGAGGAGAUUAACAACAUAAAGAUUCGACACCGUUAUUUCGACAACGUUUCUGCGAUGUGUAAGGAUCAUCCAGAGUGUCCAUGGUGAAAUAAAAAAAAAAACCCAAUCACAUGUAGGACUUGUAUAAAACAUCUUUGUCAAACUCUCUUGUCUUUGAAGGAAAUAUUCAAGUAAUAACUUUAAAUUCGCCAGUGCUGUUUCUUUACAAUU